UGCUUGGGAAGGCUACAAAGCACUCCCCAGCUUCUGCAAGUCGGCUGCACUCGCAAUGUGAUCUCUCUCACAAUUCAGUGUCAAAUAGGCAACACUGACUAUGUGCGGGUUGUAGCGCGUUCCCAGCCUCGGCAGUGUCAGUCACAGUCACGGUGUGCUAGCUGAACAGUGCGCAUUGUAUUGCUUGCUCCCCGUCACCUGGGUGCCCGUGCUUUGCAACAUACUGCGCAGUGUCUACACUGACUGCAGAGGGUGACAGCCACUCACUCUGGCAGCUCGCCCUCUUUUGACAGUCAAUUUGCACCGGCCGAUACCCGAGCAGAUUAUUUCCCUGUUGAACAGCAGCCAACUCGCAGCGUUGUUCCCAGCUCCAGAACACAGCAAACCCAAACACCAGGGCGAACACGUCCUGCACAAGCCGAGGACUAUGAUUUUCAACGCCGGAUCAUUUGCUAACAAGUUUCGUGUUUGAUGAGAAUGUCAGUCAGCAUGCAUGAGAAUCGGAAAUCAAGAGCCAGCAAUGGCUCAAUGAAUAUUUACCUCUUCCACAAAACUACAUACGCCGACAGUGUUCUCACACACCUGAAUCUUCUACGACAGCAGAGACUGUUCACAGAUGUCCUCCUUCAUGCAGGAGAAAAGACCUUUCCUUGCCACAGAGCUGUGCUUGCUGCCUGCAGCCGAUAUUUUGAAGCUAUGUUUAGUGGAGGAUUACGUGAGAGCAAAGACAAUGAAGUAAAUUUCCAUAAUUCCAUACACCCGGAAGUUCUGGAGCUUCUCUUAGACUAUGCUUACUCAUCUCGUGUUCUUAUUAAUGAAGAAAAUGCAGAGUCCCUUCUGGAGGCUGGGGAUAUGCUGCAAUUCCAGGACAUACGGGAUGCUUGUGCAGAAUUCCUAGAGAAAAAUCUACAUCCAACCAACUGUCUUGGAAUGCUACUGCUCUCUGAUGCCCACCAUUGCACUAAGCUUUAUGAGUUGUCCUGGAGAAUGUGCCUCAGCAACUUCCCAACUAUCAGCAAAAGCGAAGACUUUAUGCAGCUGCCGAAGGACACAUUGGUGCAGCUUCUUUCCAGUGAAGAGCUGGAGACAGAGGAUGAGAAGCUUGUGUAUGAGACCACCAUAAAGUGGGUAAAGUAUGAUGUGAAUAGGCGCCACUGUUGUUUGCCAGAACUAUUGCAAACAGUUCGAUUGGCCCUACUACCAGCUGUUUAUUUAAUGGAAAAUGUGGCCAUGGAAGAGCUUAUAACCAGGCAAAUGAAGAGUAAAGAGUUAAUCGAAGAAGCAAUACACUGCAAAUUAAAAAUUUUACAAAAUGAUGGAGUGGUGACAAGUCUUUGUGCCAGACCUCGUAAAACUGGCCAUGCCUUGCUCUUGCUUGGAGGACAGACUUUCAUGUGUGACAAAGUUUACCUAAUAGACCAUAAAGCAAAGGAGAUCAUUCCAAAAGCAGAUAUUCCCAGCCCACGCAAAGAGUUUAGUGCAUGUGCAAUUGGCUGCAAAGUAUAUGUGACUGGAGGACGAGGGUCAGAAAAUGGGGUCUCCAAAGAUGUUUGGGUGUAUGAUACACUUCACGAAGAAUGGUCAAAAUCUGCACCAAUGCUUGUUGCGCGGUUUGGCCAUGGAUCUGCUGAGCUGAAACAUUCUUUGUACGUGGUCGGUGGGCACACUGCAGCCACAGGACGGCAACCAGCAUCACCCUCUGUUUCUCUAAAACAAGUGGAACAGUAUGACCCAGUGACCAAUAAGUGGACAAUGGUGGCCCCUCUACGGGAAGGUGUCAGCAAUGCAGCUGUGGUCAGUGCCAAGCUAAGGUUGUUUGCCUUUGGUGGUACUAGUGUGAGCCAUGAUAAGCUCCCUAAAGUACAGUGUUAUGACCCGUGUGAAAAUAGGUGGACUGUGCCUGCUACCUGCCCUCAGCCUUGGAGGUACACAGCUGCAGCUGUGCUGGGCAACCAAAUUUUUAUCAUGGGUGGGGAUACUGAAUUCUCGGCAUGUUCUGCAUAUAGGUUUAACAGUGAGACCUAUCAAUGGACUAAGGUUGGGGAUGUAACUGCGAAACGAAUGAGCUGCCAUGCUGUAGCCUCUGGAAAUAAACUCUAUGUAGUUGGAGGCUAUUUUGGCACUCAGAGGUGUAAAACACUAGACUGCUAUGAUCCCACUUUGGACACGUGGAAUAGCAUCACUACCGUACCUUAUUCAUUAAUUCCCACAGCAUUCGUUAGUACGUGGAAGCACCUUCCUGCAUAGAAGUACAAUCCUUCAGUGUUUCAUAGGACUCCCAAUGUGAAGAUUUUGUCUACUAUGAAGAAACACAACUUAAAUGAAGGAAAAAUAAGUCCUCCUUACCCGAUUGACGUAAAAUGACAUGGUUUCAGCAACCCAGCACCUAAUACUGACAUGAAGAAAACAUUUUGUUUCCAUAUAUGCAUAUUGCAUAUCUUGUGAUUAUGAAGCAAUUUCUGAAUGAUGAUUGGCAGUAGUGAUAAAUUGUGAACCAACAGUAAUAUUAAUCAGCUCCUCCAAAAAUUAAGACUUAUCACCGUGCUGCCACAUUGUUCUCAGUUUUCAUUUACUCCCAACAUUUGUGUAUGAAAUUUUAAAUGGCUGUCACCUCGUAGCAUGACAUUUGAAAUACUGGCGCCAGCUGCGAGGAAGCGGGCAGAUCGUGAAGGAUGUGGACACCAGGCUGAAUACAGAUACAGCUGUGCCUCCCUAACUCUUCACUAAUGGGGCCAGGGCUCUGGACAUUGUUGCCGGCAGAGCCUGGGGCAGCAAUUACCCUGCUUCAGGAGCCCAUGCUGUCAGGCAGGCAAAAUCCUCCAGGCUGUGGAGAGGGGAGUCAGCUGCAAAGAAACAACUGAAUCCUUAAAGGUCAACUUUAUUAAAAAAGAGAGGAGAAAAAAAUGACCUGAGAGUCGGAGAUACUGCUUUUAUAUGAAUUUGUUAUUUAUGUUUGCUCUUUUUUUGAUAUGAUUGUAGGAUAUUUAUUGUUCAGUGAGGUUACUUGCACGUUGAAAUGACAAGUAUUCAUAUAUGCAUAUUCUUUGUUAAAGAGAGUAAAGAGAGUUACUUGCACACUUGUUUAGCAAGAGUAAGGAGUUGGGGAGGGCUGCCCACUUGCGUGCAUACCAUAUCCAUUCUCUGUCACAUUGAGCUAGCAAGUGCAAAGCUACAGUGAAGGGGAGGGGAAAUUUCCAAUCGGAAAUGAGAUGGGUACAGAAGCCAGUACUUAAAUUACACAGACACUGGACGAAGGCAGUGAGGUCACGUUCUCAGGCCUGUAACUGACUAGGUUGCAUGUUGUACGUUUUAACAUAUGCCCAUAUAUCAUUAAACUUCCCAGUGCUUCCAGCACUCUGAUAUAAACACUAUUUAGUGUAUGCUAAUUAAUCUUUGAGCAUGUACAUGUAUACUUGUGUACAGCCUUCUAGUCAACUCAACCCAGCCCCGGUCUUUCUUCACACGGUCCCUUAUUACACACAAUUAUCUCGAAUCACUAUGAGUGAAGAUGGUCACAGCUGCAGACAGUUUUUGUUAUGAUCCAAGGGUCAAUCUUUCCUCGUACGUACAGGAUAGAUGAUAAAGAGGAGCAAGAUUCAAGUUGGAAAAUCGGAAUUUUGUAGAAUGUAGUUAAGGAUUUCUGAUUGGCGUAGUUUACUUUUGAAGGAUUAACACACUAUGCUACAUUCCAUUGUGCACUACUUUUAGGCAGAUGUUAAUCCAUUUAAAAUAAACAGGUCAAUGCCUGCCUAACAGUAGAAUGGCACAAAAUGCAGUAUGAACCUGUUAACCCUUCACAUGUGAACUUCAGCAAGCAGAAUUUCUACCCCAUUCUUUUUUGGUAACUUGCACAAUUUAAGCUUAGUAUCUGAAAAUCAGAUCGAAACAUUCAGCAAUGUCUUUGUUUAUAAGUGAUUCUAUCUAUUUGGUUAUUAUGGUGUUGUUUGAGUAACUUUUUUUGAACAAAGUUAUUGUGAUGAAAUAAUUAUAGAAAUGGUCAGCACACAUGAACACAGAAGUUCUCAAACUCAAUACAUGCAUUGCUACUUAAUCUAGCUCUAAAAUGGAGCUUCAGUGCUCCACUACCUUGUCUCUACAUUGGAGAUCAAUUAAACAAGUGGGUGUUCCUAUCAGUUGGUAAAUGCAUUGCCCAUUUUGGAAUUGAGCCAAACCAAAAAGAGUUUAGAUUAAAUUCCUGGUCUGUGUGGAGUUAGUUUAUCUUCAGGCUAGUGGUG